UCUUUAAAACCACUACCAGACCAUCUCCUUCAGGCCUUCUAUGAACUGACACUUCCAAGGAAAAGCAGGGACAAAAGGGACAAGGAUGACACUGAUAUUGAUGCCCACAGGUUGAUGAAAAGUGGUGCAUCACAAUUAGUAUACAAGGAGCAACAAAGAUGGAUGACGAGGAGGUUCACAUCGCGGUAGGAAAGAACUUCAGAAAAGAGAAGGCUAACAUACUGUGGUCUACGGUUAAAUUCCCAAGGGCCAGAAUAGUUCUUGUCAAUGUUCACUGGCCAUCCAAGUGGAUGCCCUUCAUGGGUGGCAAGCUGUUAUACAAGUUUGCAGAUGAAAAGGAGAAGGAGAUGCACAGAGGCAGAGAGACAGAAGCAAUGGUCAGGAUGUUAUCACAAUACAAAAGCCUGUGUGAUACAAGAGAGGUUAGGGCGCAUUACAUCACACACGAAGACAUUCUUGGUGGUCUUGUCAACCUGGUAAAGAAGCUCAAAAUUAAGAGAAUCAUCAUCGGUUCAAGGAAGAUGGCAAAGCAAGAGGUCCUUCGCAAAUGCUGUCAGGUUUGGGUGGUGGUCAAUGGCAAAUAUGUGUCCACUAGUAAUGAUCAUCUGAGGCAUACUGGAAGCAUUGGAUAUGGGGGGAGCUCUGAAUUGUUGGCAUCUAUACAUGAGCUGAGCGAUGAAUCUGAUGGAUACACAACACCACAAAGUGAUUUCUAUGAUUCAUUUCAGGCAGAUGAUAUCAUGGAUGGGGAUGGGGUGAUUCAGUUGGAUGGUGCUGAUCAAUCAGCAAAGUAUGAUGUGCAUGAAUCUGAACAAGGCAUUGAGGAAUCAAAUGCUUAUGAAGAGGCGGAAAUUUUUCCGGAUGAGGACACUGAUGAAUCUGACGAGAUACAGAGUUCCAGAAAUAUUUCUGAAAAAACUGCAAAACUGAUGAAAGAAAUGGAGGAACUCCAAAGGAAAUUAAAAGAUCUGCAUGAUGAGGGCCAUAAUCAUGACGAAGACAUCUUGUCACCUAGGAAACAGAAUGAUUUGCCGAGGGAGAGGACCUUAUCGAAAACAAGAUACCCAGAGCUGCAAAUUCCAGAUCACAUUGUAGAGUUUCCCAUGUCGCGUAUUGCGAAAGCGACCAAUAAUUUCUACUCGCAAAAUCUCAUAGGAGAAGGAGGCUAUGGCCCAGUGUACAAAGGAAGACUAGGUGGCGUCACAGUGGCUAUCAAGUUGUUGAGACCCCAUGGUAAACUCCAUGGUAGACAAGGUUUCCCAGAGUUUCAGCAGGAGGUUGUAGUGCUGAGCAGAAUCGAGCACCCACACAUCGUGAAGCUGAUCGGUGUGUGCCAGGAAUCAUGCGCCCUCGUUUACGAGCACCUCCCAAACGGCACGCUCAUGGAUGGGCUCUCCAAGGGGCUCCCCUGGAGGGACCGCAUCAGGAUCCUCGCCGAGCAGCGGUCCGCGCUGGCGCACCUCCACUCCAGCCGCCCCCACGCCAUCAUCCAUGCGGACCUGAAGCUGACGAACAUCCUCCUUGAUGGCGGGAACUCGAGUCGGCUAGGGGACUUUGGCACCGCGCGCGUCGUACAGAUGAAGCCGCUGGAGGAGGACACCAUCUGCCGGCGGACGAACCCGAUGGGCACGAUGGGGUACAUGGACCCCGUGUUCUUCACGACCGGCGAGCUCACCGCGGAGUCAGACGUGUACGCGUUCGGCGUGGUGAUCCUGCAGGUUCUCACGGGGCUGCUCGACCUCAACAUCGCUGAGCAGGUCCAGGAGGCGGUGAAGAUGGACGCCGUGCACGGCCUGCUGGACGCAUCCGCUGGGAACUGGCCCGGGGUGCAGGCAGAGCGGCUGGUGAGGCUGGCGCUAAGGUGCUGCAACAUGGAGCGGAAGCGGCGGCCGACCAUCACCUCUGACACUGACUGGAGACCGCUGGACAUCAUGCGGACCAUGGCGACUGGAAGUAAAUCCCGGAAAUGGAGUCAGGCCAGCUGAAGAAUAAUAGACUACAGUGCAGCGGCAAAACUUGGAGCAAACUGUCAAUGAACAGUAGAAGCACUUCUUUUGUAAAUGGAGUGCUAUCCGUGGAUGCACAUUAAGUAGAACAUGAGUUACAGUACAACAUAACCGAGCAGUGUUUGCUCUUAUUGUAAUUUUAGACCAUUGCACGGCGUUUUUUUGGAACCGUGCACCAAACAUCUCAGGCUAUGACAGCA